AUGGCCUUAACUAGGGCGUCAUUUGGCCUGAUCCACGCACUAAAUCCAAAAAGAACGACCCUCAAUUUCAAACUCUCUAUGGCUACCUCAACCCGGGCCUUAGCCUCCUACAUCGUUGAGCCAGCUGAGCUUGCAAAGGCCCUGGAAGCCAGCCCACCGCUUGCCAGCCCCGACACCCCGCGCGUGAUCCCCAUCUCAGCAGAAUGGUACCUGCCAAACGACUCCCGCAAAGGCAUUGAGGAAUUCGGAAAGCUGCGAAUUUCGACGGCUCGCUUCUUCGACUUGGAUGCUAUCAAAGAUCACGACUCGCCCUACCCACACAUGUUGCCAACCGGAGAGACAUUCUCCAGGGCAAUGUCGGAGUUGGGUGUUGCAAGGGAGGACACGGUCGUGCUAUAUGACUCGCCGCAGCUUGGGAUAUUCAGUGCGCCCAGGGCUGCCUGGACAUUCCGGGUGUUCGGUCAUCCGAGGGUUCACCUUUUGAAUAAUUUCAAGGUAUGGGUUGAGCAGGGCUUUCCGGUUGAGAAGGGCCCAGUUGGGCAGGCUGCUAGGACACAGUACCCCGUCACCGAACCGGACUUGAGCCUUGUUUCUUCCUUCGAGAAGAUGCGAGAAAUUGCGGAGGAAGGCGGGAGAGAAGGCGUUCAGAUUUUGGAUGCCAGGCCGCAGGGGAGAUUUUUGGGCAGCGAUCCGGAGCCUAGGCCAGGUGGGUUUAGCCUUGCUGUCAACUAUGGUGAUACCCUACUUUUGCACUCUGGUUAUGACUGGUGUUUGGGUAAAAAUUAGGGCUUCCCUCCGGACACAUUCCUGGCUCGAUCUCUGUGCCUUUCAGCGAACUGGUCGACCCCGUCACUAAAAAGCUGCGCUCUGGGGAGGAACUUGGGAGGAUCUUGCUUAGCAAAGGAGUCGAUCCCUCCGGUGAGGUUGAGAAAAGGCUCAUGUGCGGCACCGGUGUCACGGCCGCGGUUAUCGACUCUGCUCUCCAGUUAGCCGGCUUUGGAGGGAAGAGGGAAAUCUACGACGGGUCAUGGACGUGAGUGCACAUUCACUUUUACGUAUUGUUAACAUUACCUUUUCCACCCUUAGCUCGCGUGGGGAGCGCGGAGCGGCCUUUGCUCGGUUUAUCACCUGACCUGGUCUGACUAAUCUUAUUGGGAUCUAGUGAGUGGGCCCUGAGAGUCGACGAGAAAUCGGGCUUGAUCUCAAAGAAGCAAAUUUGAGGAUUUCACGUUAUCUGCUUGUGUACUUGUAGCCCACGGCCGUCUCUAGUCGUAGGCAAUAGCUUAGGUUGGCGAUGGCAUAAUGAUACUCGAGCACUGUGCAAGGGUUAGGCAUAGAAUAGUACGGUGCAUAACUAAAAUUUCAACAGUACUGUGCCGGUAGUGGUGCACCUGAGAAACAUGGCCCCUAGAGAAUCACUGUUUUCCUUUCUCUCGGUUGGCUUUGGAGAGGAAUAAUUAGCAUAUACGGUAGGGCGCUUCGCGCCCUAUUCAAUGCAUCUAUCGAAGAAAGAAAAGAAAAAAAGAAAAGAAAAAAAACUACCCUUCGGGCUCUUCUUGAGCAGUGAAAGGGUUGGAUUUUCGAAUGGGCUGGUUGCAGAGGUGACCUACGGUACAAUAGGUACAAUACUUUGACUAAAACCGCCAUCGACACCCUGCUCGGUACCUGCACCACUAUUUUAUGCCUACAGUAGCCCUUGUAUCUACUCACAGUAUCGGUAUUACUUGUACCGUACAAGCGCGCUCUAAUAUUUUACUCCUUCGGCACCAAAAAGGGUGUGAAGUCCCGGUACGGAUGACCACGUCCAAUAGAAUGCUCGAUAUGUACGCCUCCUGGCAGACCAAUUAUCGCGGGUUUAGUCUCUACAAGCACCGGGAAACAUGAUACAAGGUUUUGUCAUGUGGGAUGACAUCCCGGGAUAUCUGUCAUAGAAGCCGGAGUCCUGCGCCGGUACUGGUGCCGCUGUGCGGUAAGCCAUACCGUAGCAUCUUGUGCCAGAUUGUGAGAAGUACAAGUACUCGUACAGUAGGCUCGGUCGUCUUUACACUACCGGUAUGUGCGUUGAGGCGCAGUCGUCUCGCUCGGGCGUGGUGAUUGAAAGGCAAUAAAUAGAACCAUCUCAUAUCCAUCCCCGAUGUUGUAUGAAUCCUACCCGAGUAGAUUACCGAUA